GCAUUAACCACUUGUUGGAGAAGAAAUGGAGCUGGCACUUGUUCUGCUGCUGGGCGUGACAGCUGUGUGUGGGUGCGGCGUGCCCAGCCAUCCACCCAACACAAACAGGGUGGUGAACGGCGAGGAGGCCCGGCCGUACAGCUGGCCAUGGCAGAUCUCCCUCGAGUCGUUCUUCCCCACGUGUGGAGGGACCCUCAUCGCUCCCAACUGGGUCAUGACGGCCGCUCACUGCAUCACAUUCCACACCUAUAAUGUGGUCCUGGCUGAACAUGACAUGAAUAAAGUGGAGGGCCCUGAACAGACGAUUAGAGUGGAGAAAAUGAUCCUUCACCCGAAAUGGAAUAAAAACUGUCCAUCUUGUGGUAAUGACAUCGCCCUGCUGAAGCUGCAGACCAGUGCUGUCCUAAAUGAUAAAGUGCAGCUGGCCUGUCUCCCCAAACAGGACAGUGCUCUGCCUCAUAACUCCCCCUGCUACGUCACGGGGUGGGGACGCCUCUACUCGAACGGUCCUCAGGCCACUAAACUCCAGCAGGUGCUGCUCCCAGUGGUGGAGCACAGCGUCUGCAGUCGGAGCGACUGGUGGGGCAGCUCUGCUAAGACGACGAUGGUGUGUGCGGGAGGAGACAGCAAGUCAGCGUGUCACGGCGACUCUGGGGGUCCACUGAGCUGCAAAGGCAAAGACGGCAGAUGGUACGUCGAGGGAGUGACCAGUUUUGUGGACGGACGCGGCUGCAACACCCCCAAGAGGCCGACGAUGUUCACCCGCGUGGCCUCGUUCAUUCCCUGGAUUAGUGAGACCUUGGCCGACAACUGAAGCUGAGC